GAAAGUGGUUCUGGCAGAAGGCGUAUUAGUGUCAACUUCCUAUCUCCUAAAGUCAACAUGAAUAGUAAAUUCUUUUCCGUUAUUGUGAGCUGCCUGCUCUUGAGCAACUUCUUUAUUGAGCUUCAAGGUAAAAACCUCCAGGGAAUGGGUCUACAAGAAUUGCGUCCAUAUGGUGGAGGUUUGAGAAGCAAAAGAAGCGCCUGCGAACCGCUCCUUGACUUGACUCUAUCUGCUGUUGAUAAUACCUUGAUUGUCAGAAACACUACAAGCAGCAAAGUUCUUCUUAUUGACACUGAACAAAAGGUUGUACUUCUAUUAGAUGGUAACUCGACUUCUGGUGUUGUCAUCAACCAAGGAACAAACAAAUCCACCCUCAUCACAGACGGACUUUGGAAUGAAAAUGAGGAAUCUUUAACCGAAUACUUGAACUCUAUCAAAAAUAAUAUUUCGAGCCUUUUGGACCAACCAAAUGGUGUAGAUUUCACGCUGCCCAAGGUACCAUUGAAGGUCUUGCAAGUAAUUAGGCUUAUUGUAGAAGAUUUAGUAGUUCCUUCAGUUGAUCCGAAAAUAGAACAAUACCCGGAAGUAGCUUUGGAACUGGUAUUGUCUAUUGCUGCUUGCAUCGAAGAAAUUCUUGAAGGACGCGUAGAUGGAUUAUUAGAGCAAAUCGGAAACCAACAAAUCGAACUUGCUGUUGACAUUUCCGGUGUAGCGAAUAGCCUAAAAGCACUCGAACUUAUCCAAAACACAGUACAAAUCAGCAUUACAGACCUCGCAAAGCAAAACGACAAUCUCGACAUUGGUCCAAUCCUAGGAGCCCGUGAUGGAUUGAGCGCUCUUACUCAGGUUUUACGUCAACUUGGAAAAACUGUUGACCUGUCCCCUCUUGAUAAAAUUUUGGGAGAUCCAGAACAACUAACCAAGCUCAUUGCUAAAUUUGGAGGUGACCAAAACUAUGGAAUUACUGGCGCUUUUAGGGUUGCCGGAGAAAUUAUUGCCCUCGCCAAUGGAAAUGCGACUCUGGACCGUGUCAUCACUAUUUUGAUUACAGUUGUUGCUCAAACAAACCUGAACGUCAAUGACGAUUUGAGUGGAAUUUUGCAGAAUUCUUUGAUUAAUCUUUUGGAAACUUUAGAAAAAAACAACCCUCAGACACUAGAGGGCUUAGUGAAAAUUGUGAAGGAAUUGUUGACUAAGGAAUUCAUAGUUGAUGGGGUGAACAUUUCUGAUAUUAUUUCAUUGAUCCUUGCUUCUGCUGUCCAGCCUAAAGAAGAAUUGUUGUCAGUUGUUGUUAAUAUUUUGAAAAGCUUGGAUCCUAUUGUAGAACCAUCUGAGAGCAUUCCAGCGCUUCUUGUGGUCAUCAUAGUUCAACUAGACAGUGCUGCUGGAGUCAGAACUCUAGUUUUAUUAGGACUGGAACUUGAUUCAGACUGCGCUUGCAGUUUACUUGAAAUCAGCUUGGCCUCAGCUUCCAGUUUAACAGAAAUAAUUUCUAUAGAAAUUUAUGAUGUUUGCAGCAAGUUGCCUAUUAUAAGUAACAUAAUUGUGACUUUGGAGGUUAUCAUUAGCGCGGAAAAUCUUAGCUUGGAGGAACUAUUGAAGGCAUCCGAAUUAGCUAAGAAAUUAAUUGUAGGAGUAUUCCAAUUGGUCGGUGACAUUGAACUUGCAGUUGAGCAGGAAAUACUGGAAGAAUCCAAGGAACUUAUAAGCAAUUGCAACGAUCUGUUUACUCUUGUUGAGAUAGAAAUUACUGUUAGUAUUUCGGUUAUCAGUAAUUGACUACUUGAUACUGCAUUAUUGGGCAUGGGAAAAUAAUAUUUUACAUUGGGCAAUUUAUUGUAAAAAAUGAAAAUAAAUGAAAAUUGUGUUUUUGUUUUGUUAUAUUUAUGUA